AUGCUGGCGGAUCGCUUGAUCGUCGCCGUGGGGGGUAACGCCUUGCAGCGUCGGGGUGAGCGUUUGACGAUUGAAAAUAUGCUCAAGGCCAGUGCCGAUAUGGCACCAACCAUUGCGGCGCUCGCGAAAGAACACGAAGUGGUUCUAGUACACGGCAAUGGACCGCAAGUAGGAGAGCUGGCGUUGGAACGAUCGGCGGCAACCUUUGACGUUUUGGGUGCGGAAAGUACGGGUCAGAUUGGCUACGUACUGGCACAAGCCUUGUCGUCGGUGGGUUGCACCGCCGUCCCCAUCGUCACACAAGUAGUGGUUGACCCACAAUCGGAGGCCUUUCGCAAUCCCACCAAAUUUGUUGGCCCGGUGUACGGUCCGAAAGAGGCACACGCGUUGGCGGAGUCACUCGGUUGGAUUGUCAAGCCCGACGGCGAGUACUUCCGUCGCGUGGUGCCCAGUCCUCCGCCGAUGGAAAUAUUGCAGGUCGAGGCCGUGCGGACACUCCUCGAACACUCGCCGGACGUGUUGCCGAUUGCUUGUGGUGGUGGCGGUGUACCCGUCUCACGCGUGCCGUCGCGGCCGGAAACACUCCAAGGAGUGGAAGCCGUCAUUGACAAGGACGCGUGCGCGUCCAAGCUCGCGCUCGAAUUGGAAGCUGACGGCUUGAUCAUUCUGACGGACGGGGGCGGAAUUUGGAAGAACUUUGGGAAAGUCGAUGCCCAGGAAAUGGCGCAAGUCACGCCCGAGUACUUGCUUGGGUCCAAGGCUGGCAAGAAAUUUCCCGGGAGCAUGGGACCGAAAAUUGAAGCCGCCGUGAAUUUUGUCGAGAAUUCGAAAAACCGUCAGACAGCGUACGCCAUUAUUGGUGACUUGAAGGAUGCCGCCAAGAUGUUGAGUAACGAAGAAGGAACCAUCAUCAAGGACGACGUCCCCUCGCGCGUAGUCUGGCGGGAACGACACGAGGAAGGAACGCCGAAACCACCCAAGCUGACCCGAGAUCCACCCAAAUACGGUUAAAACGUCCAGAAAUUCUAGGUUUAAGUCAGUAGUACCCGGCCUACGUC